AUGGCAAAGGAUAAUAAUAAAUUUACCAAAUUUCUUUCAAGUAGUGCGUUUGAAUGUGACCACAAGUCAAAGAAAGUUAAGGGAAGCGGACCUAACCUUGGUGUUCAACAUAACCGAAACCUCCUAGAUUUUGCCUCCUUCAAGGCCGACACAGACCCCUAUCCCUCCUAUGACGAAGAGAAGGAGCUUAAGGAGGCAUUCGAGCUCUACAACCAAGAUCAUAAUGGAAUGAUCUCAUCCGUUGAGUUUCACAAGAUCCUCAUGAGCCUCGAUGAGUGGUGCACCGAACAAGACAGCGUUGGGAUGAUUAAAUCUGUUGAUUUUGAUAGAGAUCGUUACGUUAGCUUUGAGAAAUUCAAGAAAAUGAAGACGAACAGUAGCGGCAACAACAACCAGUAG